CAUGUAAGACUACUAGGCUUGUCUUGCUGUGCAAGGAGGGCCUCAGAGGCCUAUGUUGCCUCCUGAGCAGUCUGUCUCAGGUUGCUCCGACGCCUAUUGGCCAAAGAUCAGGGACUCCUACCAACCCGUUCCCCGCCGGUCGUCAUGGCAACGGGGAACGCUAACGACGGUCCCAGGACAGUGGCUCUGAGGACUGCAGGGGACGAUGGCGCAGAACCUGUAUAGCUCAGGAGUCCGGAUGGGAAAUUGGAACGAGGACGCCUACCUGGAGGAGGUCGAACGGAUGAAGGACUUCUUAGAGAAGAGAGAGCAGGGGAAACUUCUCAUUCAGAGAAACAGAAGACUGAAAAUGCAUCUUUUGAGACCGAUGCAGCUUUCCAUAUCUGAAGAUGGAUAUAUUCACUAUGGUGACCAAGUGAUGCUGGUGAAUCCCGACCACUCUGAGGGGGAAGAAGCCAGUGCGUUUCUGGGUGGAGACCUGAGUCUGUGCAUGACUCCGGAUGAAAUCCAAGCCUACCUGAGUGACAAGCUGGAGUUGCCCUGUGGCUUGAGUGCAGCUCACACCCUGGUCCCGGUUGGCAGAAACACAUUUGUUGUUCUAAGUAUAGGCGGAGAUGCCACCGGCCAAGUCCUUAGGUACGGGCAGGACUUUUGCCUUGGGAUAACAGCAGGAUUUGAUAACAAGAUGCUGUACUUAUCCAGUGACCACAAGACCCUCCUGAGGUCAGCCAAGAAGUCCUGGCUCCAGGAGGUGCACCUGACGGACGAGGUCUCACACCUGGCCAGAUGGCAGGCCACCUUCCUUGACCCCCAGCUGCGUUUGGAGCACGAGGGGUUCCCUGUCCGGGCAAAUGAAAAACUUCUCCUCUAUCACUGUCACACGAAUCGAGGCCUGGCAGUCCACCGGCAGCUUUUCUUAAGGACCUAUUUUGGGAAGGAAGCUGAGGUUGCUGCUCACACACAUCUGGAUUCACACAGAGCUGAGAAGCCAAAGAACUACUGGAUGUUGGUCACUGGGAACCCCAGAAAUGCCUCAUCCACCAUGCCUGCCCUGCAGAGACAGCCAGUGGAGGACACUGGAACCGUGGAGCCAGAUGUGACAUGCCAGGCACACGUGUGAUGUCCUGAGCUCAGCUCUAUCAGAUACAGCUUUACAGAACAUUGCUAGUUCCCGUCAUCCCUCGACUGUUCUAAGUGGAGAGCUCUCUGAACCUGAUAUUGACAUUAAAACCAAGGCUGGAUUAA